AUGGUCGCAUCGAAGGCUAAAUCUUUGCCCGCGAAAAUCAACAAGGCCGCACCAAAGGCUAAAUCUUCUCCCGUCAAAGCUGUUCCCAAAGUUGUCGCUGCCAAAAAGAGCGGAAAGAAGGCUGCACCAAAGAAAGCCGCCGCUGCCCCUGCUGCCAAAAAGAGUGGCAAGAAGGGUCGUCGUGACUUGCACUACAUCUCCAUGAACAGGGAUAUACCGAUGGCAAUUGUUCAACAACCGUCUGAAGCAAUAUGCACCUUCGCCGCAAAGCCAAGCGAGCUCAGGAAGAUAGUUGACAAGGAUGAUUUCGAUGCAUUGGGUAAAUACAGGGGCCAUCAGCAAAUUGGGAUCUGCCCAAGGAGGAAGGCACCCAGUUACGGUGGCAGCUCAGUAGACAGGCACCGCCUGAGUGCUACUUACGGUGGUACCUUCCUACUAAACAAAUUCAUGAUGGACAUCGAGAUGCUUGGCAUACAGGAUGCACUGCCGACCUGCUCCCACUGUGCAAUAACCAACGGCUACUUCACCCCGUUGGUAUCUCAAAUGUCAGACACUUUCUCCUCGUCGCCUCCGAUUUUUGCGUCUGGGAGUAGUUCGACUAGACGCCAGAUGGUCAAAUGCGUCUCCCUUUUAUAUAACCCCAUCUCCUCCCGUCCUGUUGCAACCCCAGGCUGCAUGAGGGUGACUUCACUCGCUAACCUUGUCCUCCUCUUCUCCACCACCUUCCCCUCCUUCGUCCUCACUCAACCACAACCCGAUGAAAGGCCAGAUUGGACUGAGGAAGCUCAGGAAGCCGUCGACCGAAAUGCUUUGCUCUUUAGAGGUGGAGGAUCUGCUACCCAAGGUGCGAUCGGGGCGAGGUUACGGCCGCAGGAUCUGGUGUGGUGGUAUAGGAAUGGGGGGAUUUCAACGUCGAUCACUCCUGAUGGAACGGGUCGUAUGGGCAAAGACAAGAAGGCCAAUAUAUGGACAAACACACCUGAGAAUAUAAGGGCAGCCGGAUUCGAAGUGCACCCCGACGCCGGUACACGGAUGGACCCUCAAAACCCCAACUCAGAGAUUCACCCUCAAGGACAUGUAUCCAUCAAAAUUCCUGACGGAAUGGCCCCUGAUGGCAAGGUACCACAUGAUCCGUUGCUCAAGCAGCUCACGGAUAUGCGGCCUGAGGGACAACCAGAAGGGCCCACGACAUGGCAGGGCCCGCAUAAAGCUGACGCGGCAAGAAAGUUGCAUACGGAUCAAGAGGAAACCAGGGUACGUGGGCAGCAGGCGAAGAAAGGUGGAACAGAGGUUUGGUCUGCGGGCAUUGGACGAUGUCUUGGGAAGAGAGGCCUGGGCGGGUCGUGUGCAAUUCGGUCAAAAGAAAAGGCGGAUAAUUUUGUUUCUGGUGCUAAGAAGAUAUCGGUCGUCAAAAAUUCCAAGGCUCUGGAGGCAUUGAAGGCAGACAAGGCAAGAGUCUCCUCGAAGUCAAAGGCGUCUCGAUCGAAGAGCGUCAUCUCGAAAGCUAGCAAGUCCAACAAGGCAAAGGUCAUAAAGGGAAAGGCUCGAAAUUCUAAGAGUCUCAGUUCCAAGACCAACUCGAGGACUAGCAAGGCCAAGGCUGUUUCGAAGAGCAAGACUCGCAAGUCGAAGGGUGUCCCUUCCAAGGCUAACAAGACAAAGUCUGCUUUGAAGAGCAAAACUCGUAAGCCAAAGGGCCUCGCUUCCAAGACCAAGUCCUCCAAGUCAAAGGGCUUGAAGGCUGGCAAAGUCAACAAGGCGAAGACCACUACCAGGAGCAAGACUCGCAAGCCAAAGGGUAUGCAAUCGAAAGCUACCAAGGCAAAGAAGGCUGCGAAGAAUAACGCCUCCAAGUCGAAGAACGCUAGAAAGGUCAAUAAGGCAAAGAAUGGUUCAAAAACCAAGACCAAACAGUCCAAGAGCAUUUCUUCCAAAGCCGCAAAGACCAAGAAAUCCAAGUCUGUCUCGAAGACCAAAGGUUCCAAGUUGAAGAAUGUCUUCAAUCCCAACAAGGUAAAAAUGCCGUCGAAGAACAAGGCUUCCAAGUCGAAAGAUGUUACCAAAAAGGCCAAGUCUGCUUCAAAGAGCAGGAACACCAAGUCAAAGAGUGUCACCAAGGCCCACAAGACGAACAAGGCCAAGAUGGGCACGAAAGCUAGGGCUUCAGAGACCAAUAAAGCCGGUGUCAAAAGCCGAGUUACUUCAAAAGCCGCAAAGUCUAACAAGGCCACCAAGUCGAAGGGUAUCGCUAAAUCUGGCACAAAGAAGACCAUCACCAAACCAAAGGGCGCUUCAAAGGUCAUCCCAAAAGCCAAGACUUCAAACGUGAACAAGUCGACCACAAGGGCAAAAUCUACCGCCAAACCUCCCGCGAGAAAGAGUACUGCACCGAAAGCCAAAUCUUCGCCUGCAAAAUUCAACAAGGCUGCGCCAAAGGCUAAAUCUUCUCCCGCUAAAGCCGCUCCCAAAGCUGCCGCAAAACCUAAAGCCGCUGCACCGAAGAAAGCCGCCGCCGCCCCUGCUGGCAGAAAGAAGGGACGUCGUGACUUGCACUACAUGAACAGAGUGCAAUUGGUCAAUGAUGCCAUCAACGCUUACAAGCGCUCAUUUCUCGAGGACGCUUAG